CAAAUGGAAUGGGGACUACAAGGAGAUACGUGACAGUUAACAAGCACUAGAAGUCAAAUCGUUCGCCGCCCUAAUCGUCCUGACCACUGUGAUGUGACGGACCCACCAACUCCCUUUACCGUUCUACCCUCUUUCCCUUCAAUUUCUUCACCCAAAAAAACGUCUUCUUCGCCCCCAUUCCAAAACACCUCUCCUCUUCCUCCACCUCCUCGGCUGUCGUCUAUCGUUGGAGCCACUCUUUGUCUUGUUUUGGUAGUAAAGGGAUUGUAAAGAGAGAAAUUUUAUAAUGAGAGAUGGUGGGUUUAAGCAUAGUUUUGGAGGCACAAAAGGGUGGUGUUAACGAGAAAACCCCACAAUUGAUCAGCAAAGCCAUUGUGAUGAUCAAUAAACCCUCUCCUUCUUCAAGCUCUUUUUCUUCCCACUCGUCUUUUCCGGUACUUAAUUUUCUUGAGCAUUGCUUCCUCUGUGGACAGAAACUCUUGCCUGGAAAGGACAUCUACAUGUACAAAGGAGACAUAGCUUUUUGUAGCGUGGAGUGCAGGUGUAGGCAGAUAUUUAUGGACGAGGAGGAGACCCUGAGGAAAGGUAACUGUUCGCUGGCAGCUAUGAAACCAACUUCUGCAUCCUCAUCUUCUGCUUCUCGUCACCACAAAAGCACAAGAAACCGAGCAGGUGGUUCUGCGUAUUGAGAGAGAAAAGGAACGGAAACUUGUUUCGUUUUCAAUUCCAAUAAUUUUGUUUCAGUUUUACCCUAGUGUGAAAUGGCAUUGAUAUCCUCUCUGUCGUUUUUCAGUUUUACCCUAGUGUUUUUGUAAUGACGUUGAUGUCCACAAUCGUCUUUUGCUAAGGGCAUUCAAAUUAGCCUGACGUA